CCCAAGAGCCUAAUCCCCCGACUGAUUUCGCUCAAGCAAUGAUUCAUUGGUAUCGUCAGGCGAAGGAAUUAAGUGAAGGUGGCACCACUGACUCAUGCACCUUCGCACAAUUCAGAAAGGCAGAUCCACCUAAGUUUGAUGGGAAGUUUGAUCCUCUUAAGGCCGAUGGUUGGAUUAGAAGCAUAGAGGAAAUCUUUAGAGCGGAAAAUGUUCAUGGCAAUCAAAAGGUUAACUUUGCCACUCGUUAUUUGGAAGGUGAAGCUAUAUGUUGGUGGCAGGGGACUAGACCCGCCCUUGGAGGUACUGAUGUAAUCAUUUCCUGGAAGGACUUCACUGAAGCAUUCAAUGCCCAAUUCUUCCCCGAGUCAUUCCAAGCGAAGAUGAGGAGUGACUUUGCAAAUGUAUCUCAAGGUAGCUCGUCAGUUAUGGAGUAUGCAGCCCGCUUUAAUCAGCUUAGUAGAUUCGAGGAAGGCUUCGUGGCUAGUGAAAAGCGGAGGGCAGAACACUUUCAGCGAGGACUUCGACCUGAUAUUCGCAGUAUUCUCACGCCUUUUGUACUGACUACGUACAAAGAUGUCUUGGAUCGAGCGAUUAGGGUGGAGCAAGACAUGUUGGAGAGCGGCGUACAGGGUACACCUCAGUACAAGAGGUUUAAGCCCACUGAUUAUCAUGAUAGUCGGACCAAUAGUAGCAAAAAGCGGAGGGAUUUCAAUCAGUCAGGAAGGCCCAAGAUUCAGAGUAAUCCGGGUCCUUGUGCUACUUGUGGCAAGCGUCAUAGCGGUCCUUGUUACCGCAAGACAGGAGCUUGCUUCCUUUGUGGGAAAAUAGGACAUAUGGCGCGUGAUUGUCCUGCACAGAAGGAUAUCCCUGGAGAUAGUAGGGUGUGUUUUGUUUGUGGGCAGCCUGGGCACCUAGCAUCUGCUUGUUCUAUGAGGAAAACUGCAUCUUCAGCUGGUAGGCCCCAAGGAAAUCAGGAAAGGCAAAAGACGACUGGGAAAGUUUUUGCGAUAACAAAGGAGGAUGCGGCGGCGUCCAACGCAGUUGUUGCAGGUUCUUCACCGAGACGCUAGUAGGCGUGAGAGUUCCGGUGUCGGGGAGAACAUUUUGAUAGUUGGGACUUUUUGGUACGAGUUACACAUGGAUGUGGAGCUUAAUGUACUUAGCUUUUUGGUGGAUUGUAGUUAACUCUGAUAUUGUAACCAAAUAAACUUUAUAUCAUGUAUAUAUGUGGUUGCAUAUAUUUUGAUAUCAUGUGAGUUUUGGUUAUGUUUAGGCUGCGUCCUUUUGUUAAAGGA